CCUUGUCGCUAAAUACUACAUAUAAUGGUGGUACAGCGUACGUGUACCAACAACGGCGUGCGACUCUCCAAACCCCUUGAUGGCCUCUGCCCUCGAUCACCAUUCCUCCUCGAUGAACUGAGUGACUGAGUUAUGCUCUGCAAUACUACGCCUCUGCGCCGACCAGAGCAGACUACCAACAAUGCUGCCCACAAGCCCAGUCGAGGACUGUGACGAAUGCACCCCCGACUACCUCAACCCUUCGAAACAAUUUGGCACCAAGGCAGCCUUUUCGACUCUUCCAUUCAUUGCGACAUUCGCAGUGCUGACUUUUGUCGCCUAUCGCAAAGUCUACCCUCUCCUCUCAUCCUACCCUCAGGCCCACGAUGGUUACAAAGGACUCCCCCGGCCGGCGACGUCAUCCAUCGAACCUGCCACUCAGCAGCUUGCACGCCGUAUCGCAGCGAGCACAUUCGCCUCUACUAUAGCCUUGUCGGCCGUCCUGACAGAACUACUACUCUGUGAAAUAUCCAAUUCGUUCAAUCCCACUGCGAGAAGUGUUGCACUUCAGAUCACCGUGGUCAGCCUUUUAGGUCUCCUGGUGGUCGCGAUUCCGCUGUUGGGAAUAUCUUCAGUUGUAACGAAAUCUGGUUAUAAAUUUCGAGGACAAAAAAGACACCAAGUUCGCCUCGCUUGGGUCAUGGAGUUUGCUGGUUACGCCGCGUUCUUAGUAGGAUUCUGGGCCAUUGGGGCUUUACUGCCCUCAUCAGCCAGCAUCACCGAGAGUCUCAGCCGACAUGAAGGUUUGUUCCAAGCAUGUCUAGAUAGACUGGGAAUCACGGGUGUCUCGUUAAUGGCAUUACUGUCCGGCUUCGCCUCUGUCAGUGCCAUUUGGCAAUGUUUUGGGCCUAGAGUGAGACCGGUUGCCGAAAACGACAUCACUCGGAAGCAGGCUGGACUGGACGCAACGCUAGACAUGGCUGCAGAGAAGAGAGAGAAGCUGAGAGCUUUAGAACAGAGGACCUUGGAAAGUCCUACUACCAACUUCUGGGGACGAACGAUCAACUCGUUCAGAGGAGACCAACAAACGCAGGAAAGAAACCUUCUGGAACUCGAGUUGUCAGGUUUGGAAACCAUGUCUUCUGAACUCGAGACAUCACUCUCUAUCAUGCGCGCCCGGCGUGCUACCCAAUUGAAGGCGACUACAACCAUGGGCCGGUUGUCUCUCACAUUCUCCUAUAUCUUUGCGCUGUACUGCGUCUGCCGAAUUUGUACAACCACCGUCAAUAUAAUCCGGCGCAUGUCCUCAUGGACUUCCACAACCUCCGACACAGAUCCGGUCACGUAUACAAUUGCAUUGUUUGCGCGGCACGUGUAUCCCUCACUCGACCAGGUCUCUUGGGCCCAGCAGAUCUCAUUCCUCCUCUCUGGGGCUAUGUUGCUGGCAUCGUUCACGGCAGUCACGCAAACGUUCCACCUCUUUGCUCGCUUCAUGCCGGGUGUGCUUCAUGCCACAAAGACUAAUUUUGCUCUAUUGAUCAGUCAAAUCAGUGGGAUGUACGUCAUUAGCUCCGCCAUUAUGCUCAGGGGUAUGAUGCCCAAGGAAGUGGGCAGUGUGAUCAACAGUGCGCUCGGGGCUGGACUGUUAGAGCCCGCCUGGGUACAAAGAUGGUUUGACGGCUUCUUCAUGCUCGCUGUGUUUACUACAGCCGCUGGAAUUUUUCUCGGGAGACAAAUUUCAGGAGGAAUAGCCUACGACGAUGAUACAGUAUGGGAUGGCUCUCUGGGGUUGGGGAAACGGUCCUGACAAGGCGCUUGUAUAUUUAUUGAAUGGGUCGGCUAGAGUAUUUUCCAUGACUGCUGCGUAACAGCGACGACACCCAAAUAGAAAUCAUUCGGAC